AAAUAUAAUGCCGCUGCCCAAGCUGUAGCACUGUAAAGGCAUCAUCGUCUCCUCUUUCACCACCAGCUCCAGCUCUCUCUCCCCCUCUCCUCCUCCCCCUUUUAGCACCCCCCCCCUUCUCCCCCACACGGCCGGCCGGAGCCCCUCUUGCGGCAAUCCUAAAUUAAUACUCUCAUCUGCCUCACCGGAUUCUGAUCUAGUCCCGGCGGUGGUGAAACAGCUGAUCGCGACACGUCAGGCGAGGGGGUGGCUGUCGGAAGCUGGUGCGUGGAUGGGAGUUCAGACAAUGUCGUCCCUCGGCGGCGGCGGCGGCGGGGGCGGCGGGGGAGGGGCCCUGUCCCGGCAGGGGUCGGUCUACGGCCUCACGCUCAACGAGGUGGAGAGCCACCUGGGCGAGCCGCUGCGGAGCAUGAACCUGGAGGACCUCCUGCGCACGGUGCUCCCCGCCGACGACGCGGAGCCGCGCGGAACCGGGACGGGCAAGAAGACGGUGGACGAGGUGUGGCGCGACAUCGAGAGCGCCGGCCGCGGCCGGCAGCCGACGGUGGGCGAGAUGACACUGGAGGACUUCCUCUCGCGCGCCGGCGUGCCCGUCGGCGGCGGGGGCUGCGCCGGCGCGCAUUGGCUGCACCAGUACCACCCGCCGCAGCAGUACGUGACCCGGCCCCUGCCGCGGCCCCUCGGCGUGGGCGCCGGCCCCGUGCUGGACGCCGUGUACCAGGGCGGGUUCCUCUCGCAGGCCGGCGGGCGGAAGCGCGGCGCCGCGGUCGUGGGCGGGGACGGCGUCGUGGAGAAGACGGUGGAGCGGCGGCAGAAGCGGAUGAUCAAGAACCGCGAGUCGGCGGCGAGGUCCCGGGCCAGGAAGCAGGCCUACACGAACGAGCUGGAGAACAAGAUCUCGCGGCUGGAGGAGGAGAUCGAGCAUCUGAAGGAGCUCAAGAAGCUGGAACCGGUGAUGCAGUUCCUGCCGCAGCAGGAGGCGGGGGAGAGGCAGCAGCAGCUCCGGCGGCACGCGGUGCUCUACAUGCCCCAGCCGGAGGCGGAGCCGAAGCAGCACCGGCACCAGCUCCGGCGGAUCAACUCGGCCUCCUUCUGAUCGAUGGAUCGAUCGACGGCGAGAGAGAGACACGCCCGCACCGCCACCGCCACCGCCUUGUUCAUAGUACGCGCGUAGUAGCCAAGACUCUCUCUCUAGUAGAGUAGUAGGGCGUUAGGAAUCUGUACUACCUGGGAUGAAACGCUGAGUGAGAAGAAGAACGUCAGCUAAUCUAAACCAACUCUCUUAAAUAUAUGUGUGCAGUGCAGUCUGUCUCUUUGGGUUGCAA